UUUUCCAGAGAUAAGAUUCUUUUGGAAACCGUCGUUAACUCGGUUCCCGAUAGCCUGCAUGCUAAUAUCGCCAUGUUGCUCCAGGGUUUCCAGGCAUGUACAUAUAUAAAUCGAACGUUGAAGGUAGACAGUUUAGUGAGGUUUUUGUUUACGAGCGACGACCUAUACGUUCAACUAACGAAGACGAUCAUGUCGAGAACAAGAAUCUUAAUGCUCAUGGUCCUUCUUCUAUCGCAGCGUGACAACGUUAGAGGUAAAUCACUGGAUAAUUUCUUAGUUAACAACGAAUCAAAUGAAUACGUAAAAACGCUUCAAUCAAACGUACAUCGGAAUCCACGUUCACAUCAUUCUUGGAUGCUACCGGUUUCGACAUUUUCGGUCAAUAAUUUGUUCAAAGACAAUAGCGGAGAUGUGACAGCGUUGAAGAAGGGAAUGGAAACAAUACAGAAAAACCAGGAAGAAAUGCUGAAACUGCUAAGACAGCUCACUGAAGGGCCUAAAGCAGCGUUUUGCGAAUCCCCAUCCGUUCCAACACCGAACAAUGAUGAUUCUAAUAUAGAGCCUGAAGUUUUCGUGUACGACAAAUCGAAGCAAUCAGUCGUCGAUAUUUUGGACAAUAAAAAGAAAAUCGCAAAUGGAAACUCAAAUACUCCAUCGGACUCUCAAAAUAAAGUCAUUCACGAUGAUCUCGCUUCCGAUGAAAAUGCAACAAAAUUAAUGCAAAUGGGCAAUGAGACAUUCGUCGAUCCGUCAAAAACCGAUAAUUCUUCUGCUAAAUUGGACGUCAAUGAAAAUAUAUCCGACGAGUACAAUGACAAAAAUACUACAGAAGUGGAGUUCAUAUCUCAUUUGAAAGAAAAGGUAUUCGAACGGAUAAGAAAAUUAAUGAGAUCAGAAAAUGAUUUGAAAAAUAGGGAAGAGAGUUCAAAAUCUAGCAACUCCGAGGACAUUGUCGCUGAAGAAAUCGGCGAGCGGAAUGUUCAGCCGGCGGACGAAGGAAGCAGCAAUUACAUGGGAAAGAAUUUCAAGGGAAUGCCAUUGACAUAUGACGGCGACGGAAAUGAUGCUUAAGAGUUGUGACACCGAACGCAACACGAAAGUCAUAAAUGGAUCGUGAAUUUUAUGCAGUUGCGACAAAACUGAGAGAAGACGAAAUAGAAAACAGUAAAAACAUCGGAGUUACACAUCAGUUUGGACAACUAACAUUUUUCAUUUUAAUAUCACUUCAACGUUUUGUAAAUGACACAAUAAACUUCGAUUUUUGCACAAUGA